GAGUGAGUGAACGAGCCAAAAAAUUUGUUGGACAAAAAGAAAAAAAUAACAAUAAACUUAAUGCACGAAGUGUGAAUUAGGAAGAUAAAACUGGACUUUAUCGAGUGUGAAACAUCAACAACCAUCCUGUCGUCUCUCCCCUAGCUCGGUUGUGCUCGAAGACGUGGCCGGAAUCUUGUGCCUUGAUCAGCAUUUGCACCGAACUAAGCUGUACUUAUUACCAAAGACGAUUCACGACCUUAUAGCUCUUAAUCUUUCCUAGAAUAAUCUAAGCAAAACGCUAAACCCUUCAGCUUUCUGCUUAAUGUCAUAAGAGUGAUUUCUCCACCCAACGUUCACCAUGGCCUCCAUCGCUAAAACCGUUAAUCCCGACAUCCCUGACAAUCACCAAGAGAGCUGGCUGGCGCUGCUCGCCGCAGCCGACGCCUACAGUCAAAAGUCCGGCUGCGAUUUGGCAAUCCUGACCGCCUGUAAGAAGUUCGUCCCGUCCGGCGGCGAGGGCGAAAGCGUAAGAAAGCGGGAAUCCAGCGGGGCGCCGCCUUUAGGAGGCAGGAAAUGGGAUUUCUCGUAUCACGUGUGGGGACAGGGGACGCUGGCUGAGGCUUCGCGGCGGUAUUUGGACGACAUCGGCGUGCUCCACUCCACCACGGUGCUGACGGCUCGGAGACAAACCCGGCUUCUGUCUGAAGAGGGCGGAGCCAAACUGGGCGUGGACAUUCCCACCAGUAAACCUACGUCAGUCGGUGAUGGUGGUUCGGGGUCCGUCAGUCCAGGCUUGAGACUUUACUCUCAGAGCUACCCGUCCAUCUACAGCCAGACGGCAGCCGUCAGCCAGCCUGCGGCUCAGCAGGGGAACGGAGACGGAGAAAGAGAACGGGCAGCUCUCGACGGUCUGGAGAGAGCCAGAGAACGGGCUGGUAUCGUCGACCUGGAGGAGGAGGAGGAGGAGGAGGAUGACGGGGAGGAAGACGACCUGGACGGGCGGAGGCGCAAUCUAAACGAAUCCGCAGGUGUGUUCUCAAUGGACGAGGACUCGGUGUCACACGACUGCGAGCCGUUCUUCGAGUCCGACGGCGAAGAGGAGAGCACUGAUGGCUCUCUGAGUGAGGAAGCUCCCCCUCCGCCCCGCGGCCUGGCCAUGGGUCACUCCGCCCUGUCCCGCGUCUCUCACCAGAUGACCAUGGCGCGCUCUCUUCCCGUCUCCGUGCCAGUCUGGGGCUACAGGAACAACCGGGCACCGCAGGACGAGUCGCACAGCGGCGAGCGGGUGGGGUGUGCUGACCUGGACCGCAUCGCUGCCAGCAUGAAGGCUCUGCUCACUCCUGCAGCCACAGACGGCACGGAGAUGUUCGGAGCUCUGCCCCGACCCCGGCUCAACACGGGCGACUUCUCCCUCAAGCACUGAUCGGAGCGACGGAGACGUCCACACUCCCCGCGUACGUGUGUGUGUGUGUGUGUGUGAGAGAGAGUGUGAGAGAGCUGGGAGGAGGUGUUUGUAUGAAAACGAACUUUUGAACGACGCUAAUGCGGAUGUAAAUAAGGUGCUGACCUCCCGAACCAACGAUUUUUAACCUCUUUUUGCCUGGAUGAAAGGAUUCAGCGUUUAAAGUCACCCAGUCUUUAGUUUUUUGCCUGUAAGGUGCAGAAGGAAACACUGUUUUUUUGGUUAAUGUUGAUUCUGCACUUGAAUUCAUAUGGCCGGUCGGUAACAGAGGAGCUGAUAUGGGAUCAGAAGGUUCUGUCGCUUGAUGAUUGUGUAUUAGGGAUGCACCAAUUUAAUUCUACGCCCUGGUAUGGAAAGGAUAUCGGCUUUAAACACGGGAAAGUCCUCUAAUCUAAUUAUUAUUAUAUAAUUGUAUUACAGAUCCUAUACACAGGCCACACAUAACCGUAACCGCAUCAGUUGUGUCUUCACUUAUAUCCAUACUGUUUUCCAAAUGUGAACUGAUGCUAACAGCAAUCUUGUUUGAUUUCCAUCAGGUCUAAACUCGUGGUUACAGAUGUGGCCUUAACAGUUCACAUCUGAUUCAGUUCUGGAGGUUUGUUUGCACCCUGGGCGCUUGUAAUUUUGUAAUCUGUGCCUUGUUGGUUCUAUUUGGGUGGCAAAUAAGCUACAUCAGUGACCCACCUUUCAUUUAAAAUUGCAGAAAAACCCAUGGCUGUCCAUUUUCUGUUUUUGCUUAUCACAAAUUGCUCAUGCAUAUUAGACAUGGCACUUGCCCUUCCUAUCGCAGCCCUCCUCCUAUGAGUCUGUCCGGGCUCAGGACCUGCACCAAGAGUGCAUUGACAAGUGCGCCUCCAUUGGCUAGACUGGUCCCACCCUGAUCGAGGAGGGCCGUACCCAAAACGCCCCGUCCGACACGAUGCAGGUUCACGCGGGGAUCAGUAUCAUGCAUGUCCAUUAUUCACCAUCUCGGUGCAGUACCUCGACCAGUCAGCAGAGGCCGCAACUGCAGCAAUGAUGAGGAAUCACGUUUGCGUGCAGGCGCAACAUAAUCUAAGCAUUUGAGAAAUAUAUAUUUGACCUUUUUUUUUGUCCCUGUGCAGGGCAAGAAGUAAAUAUUCAAUAUACUGACAUCUAUUGAGGUCUGUAUGAGGUCUGGAGCUCUUUUAAAAUGAAAACCAUGAUUGGUGCAUCCCUGAUAUGGUCUAUCUUGACGUUUUCUUCUCUAUCUGUACAGUAUAAUCACUCAAGGGAUUCCAUAUUCUGUUUACAGCCUUUCUUUAACGUGAACAGUGUGUGUAAAUCCACUCAAACACACUAAAAACCCACCAAUACGAGCUACUCUGAAGGCUGCACUUCUAACACAUCGUGAUCUGCGUUUAAAUUAACGCAGCGUACACAAGGAAGCGGCCGAAUCGAACCCGACCGCUGUGGCUGACGAUGAAGGGUCGUGAUGAAAUAUUUCCAGUAGCUUUACGCCUGUUUAUCAUGUGUUCUGAUUCCCACAGGUCAGUAUUGUUUCUCUUUAAGUCUUUUCUGUGCGCACUGAAGCUUUUCCUUGCUCAUGUUCGCUUUUCAAGCGCCUCUGGGCCAAAACGUGUGUCAGGGUGUGUGUGACCGGGCGGAUGAUACCGUGCACGGAUUUAACAGAGCGCUAGCUCAGGAACCCAGACAAGACGAUUACAUCUCUUCACCCGUAACAUUAAUGGACGUGCGAACGAGCUCUCGUCCUACCAAUAAAUGAAGAUAAAAUAUCGUUAAGGAUGCAAAACGGACGUGAGGUUCCUCCUCCAUCCGUCCUCCUCUCGCUCGUCUUUAUUCCGUAGCAAGCAGGAGGAUUUGAACCCCACCCAGAUGGCUGGCAGCAGCUUCUCCUUGAAGAUGGUCUGGUAUCGGUAAAGGAGUCGUGCCUCCUUGGGAUGGAGUGUAGUCUGCUUGCUGCUCCCGUAAGCAUUUACGAUCCGUCCGCCCCGGCUUCCGUCGAACAGCUCUCACUUUCGUGAGCGCUGAUGUGUGGAUGGUCAGUACUGUGAUACUAAUAAGCAACACUUAACGGUCAGCGUGCUCCGUCACUCCUGGACUGAAACCGGGUUAUUUUUUAACCAGCCCAUUGAAAAAAGGAGGCCGCACCUCCAUGCUGACACUGAUCUAUCAUGGGCCAAUCUGAGCGGAAUGGAACACCGUUCUUAAGAACCCUGGGAGACCUUUUUUUGGGACAGGUAAUGUGAUCAAGCAGAAAUAUUGUGCUCAUAUAUUUUCUAAGGUUUUCAAGCAAGGUGCAAAGGUUAUAAUAAAGCAACUAAUGUUUUUUUUCUUUAUGAAGGAGGGGAACGAAUAAAAGCAGUUUAUUUUAUUUUAACUCAUGAAAUCCAUCAAUAACAGACGCACUCGGUAAACGGCGAUCACUGUACUAAUGUGUUUCAAUACUAUUGCUUUGUAUCACCAGAGUCCCGAGGCUUAAAUCUGUACACUACAUUGGUCGGGAGAAUUUAUAAUGUAAACAAUUCCACAACAGACAAUAAUCCUUCAGAUUUCAGAUGCUAAACCAGCUCUUAUCUCUCUCUGUAACUGGUUAUUAUCAGGCUUGGAGAACAUGAAUGUCGAGUUGUCUCACACUCUCUAAAUAACAGGCUGCUCCAACGGUGCCGCGAUUGUACGUCGAUUUCCGUUAAUGUAAAUCUUAAGCAUAUCAGAUUUGUUCAGUGUUCAGAUUUGUUCAGGAAUUGUGUUUGAAAUAAACCAGUUGUUUAUUGUUGAAUUAAA